AUGCCCCCAGAGCUCCUUCUGGGCCUGAGAGCGGUGGGCGACGGGGCCCCGGACCGUUGCUUGCAGGGAGGAGAAACCCCCGGCAAAAGGAAGCCCCCUGACGAAGAGCAAGAAGCCAUAAAGAUCCAGGCCUGGUGGCGGGGCACCCUGGUGCGCCGGACGCUGCUGCACGCGGCGCUCAGAGCGGCCAUCAUUCAGCGCUGGUGGAGGCGGGUGCGGGUCACGCUGCUGGAGCGGCGGCGGCGGGCGGCCCUGCACUCCAGCGUGCGGGAAGCGUGGGCGGCGGUCAGGCUGCAGUCCUGGGUCCGCAUGUGGCGCGUCCGCCAGCGUUACAGCCGCCUGCUGCACGCCGUGCGCAUCAUCCAGGGCUACUGGCGCUGGCACAGCUGCCAUACCAGUGGCGUUUUCCGGGGCAGGUACGAGCUCACAGCAAACCAGCUAGGAAUUGAACUGGAGAUCUUUCUGGGGUCACAGAUCUGUCGGAUUACAGACUGCAUCCCCUUCCCAAUAAAGAACUGA